AUGGCUUCUCCCUCCGCCCCCGCCGCUGCCGCCCCUGCCGCCACAGACAGGGCGCCGCUCUCAGCAGUUUAUCUGCACCAGUUGUACCGAGAGCCCGAGCCUAAUCCUCAGCCCCAGCCCGAUCCCGAGCAGGGGCUGCAGUUCGUCCGCCGCGAGCUGCUCUUCUUCUGCACCAUCUUGAAGUGGUGCAUCCUCGCCUUCCUGUUCAUCGCCAGCUUCCUGGCGCUGAUGUGGAUGGUUUUCCACCCUACUUUCCCUCAGCUCAGCAUCGCCUCCGCCAUCCUGUCGCCCAUCGCCGUCACUUCCACCGCCGCCUCGGCCGACUGCAACAUUACCCUCGUCCUCACCAACCCCAACCGCCACCUCACAGCCUCCUACGAUCGCAUGGAGAUCUCCCUGCUCUACGCGUCUCAGCAGGUGACGCUCUCGCAGGUCCACCACCCACGGAUCGUGCAGCCUAAGCGCAGCCAGAUCACGCUCCAAACUAACCUCAGCUUCUCUGCCGUCAAUCUCACGAGCGGCGUGGUUAGCGCGAUGAAGGAGGAUUUGGAUCGCGGGAGUUUGGGGCUUAUGAUGAAGAUUUCAUCGGUGGUAAAGUAUAGGAACGGGAAAUGGAAAACCAAGUCCCGUUUCAUGAGGGCUUACUGUGGUGGUGUGAGUUUUGGUUUUACUUCGAGUAACAGGCCUGGCAUUUUCUUGAAUCCCUAUCAAGAAUGCGAGGUUUAUGUUUACUCCAAAUAA